GAUCAUAUUACUGAUUCAAGCUUUAAAUCGUUCCAGUCUCUAGUUUUACGUUUUUGAUGUUAUGUAAAGAAGGAACUUUUAACGGCGAUGACAGGAUUUAGCUAACCGAUAUUCAUUAAUUUCAUGACCGUCUUUCAAACGUGAAAUUGAAUACUACAAUAGUUUAUUACUACUUUGAACUAGAGUUGGCAAAAUAUACGUAGACGCGAUUUGAAAUGCAAUUCUUUAAAUGGAAUUUAAGCCCCCCUUUAUAAAUGCCCGGGAUCCUGUACAUUAGCGACAAUUUCCCCGUAUCUGAGAAAUCACUGGUCAUAAAGAAUAUAUACGCUGGCUCACGACAGACAGUGCGUUACCGGGAUUCGUGCAAAAUGGAAUCUCUCCAGAUUAUUCUUUGUCAAAAAUUGUGAUACUGUUUCCGGAGAUAAGUCAGUCAGAUCUGAUCUAUUUACACCACCUUCCAUAAUGGUGUUCGUAUUUACCAGAUUGUCAAAAUGAAGAAUUCCUUUUACAAUGUGAGCACAGUUGGGAACGGCGACAGUGUUUUUAUCUACCCAUUAGAUGGUUCCAUGAGUCUUCUGGGAUCAGGAACUAAAGACUUAAUGGUUCACCGCCUUCAGGCACCACCAGGUGGCGUCAAAACAAAACAUGUCGGCUUCCACGGAGUGAUGAAAUACAAAUAUCCGGGGGAAUCAAAGGCAGAAAAUCAACGGAAAGGGAUUCUGAAAAAUUCCGCCGCUUGUCAGUUUGAUGGACGCGCGUCUCAGAAACUUGAUGUGUCAAAAAUUCAAUGUGUUUUGAAGAAAAGGAAAACUUCUGCCAAUGAAAAGCAAUCAAAUAGUUCGUGUGGUUCAAAGAGCCAAAAGAAGGUUAAAUUUGACGAUAAAAUCAACAAACUAACCGAACUGGGCAAUAAGUAUGCUGUAGAUCAGGACAUGCGCAUACGUGCCGGUGAUACUGCGUCUCACAUUAGGCAACAACAUCAGAUUCAGAGGGUUUCAGUCAAACCAACUCACGCAGUACCACGUGAUCACGCGAAGACAUCAAUGAAAUUCUCAAAUGUCUACGACUUACGGGAUUCGCCCGAAAAUAGAACGACAUCCCCUCGGUCUCAUACCAAAUCUACGUCAACAAACAGCGGAAGUUUGAAUUGCCGAACAUCUGGGGAUUCGUAUCCACUACUACAUAAUGUAGAAACUGACGUCGAGGAUUUUGUAAGGAUGGAAUUUUGCGAAGAUGGAGUCAUUCCGAUCUAUAACCCGCGAGAGACGACCUACCACGGAGCUCCAGAGCCGGCGACCGGCGAAGUCGCGGCGGAAUCCAGCAACCAAUUGAUCGAAAACGGCAUCCCGGUGUUUACAAAGACAGGAAAGUUUGUAAGGACAACCAGACUAAAUAAUUACAUACGAGAGAAAAAAUGCGAGAGCGAAAACGAAGAAAAUCUGAAGCCCGAAAAACCGAGUUAUCGCUUGGCUGCAGAAUCCAAACGAAAAGACAAAUCAAAUCUGAAUUCAACAGAAUCGAAACGGAUAUCUUCCGCACAGAAGACCUCCGUGAAAACAACGACGAACACUGCAGGUGGUGCUAAAAUUACUCGGUCAAGCAUGAAGCCUUUUAUGUUUACUCGUUUCAAUACAGAUCAGGGUCCGCCGACACCCCAUCCAAUCACAGAUGGCCAUAAAAACUUUUGUGAUGACGGGAAGACUUAUGACAUCAUCAGGUGGCUUACCAGUGUCAAAGAGAUCCAAACCACAGAAGGUUUUUCGAGUUUACACAUCGAGCACGGGGUCCGUCAAUGAAAUGGUACAAAAUGUGCCUUAUAGUGUCAGUAUUAAUCUCGUAAUCCAGGUGCUUUAUAUUUGUUUUACGAAUCAGACUUUGUGUACUGAUCAUUUAUUUUUGUUUUACCUUGGACUGAUGUGACGCUCCGUCAAAACUCGUCACUUGUUCGACGUCACACGGCGAGCAGCAAAUUCAGACGGCAACAUGACGUCCACAAUUAACGUAUUUUUAAUUUUGAUACAAAUGUUUCACCAUGAAGUUUUGUUCCUCGCCAAAAGCGAACUUAUAAGGUUUGUCAUUGACUGUCUAUGGGAAUAUGUCGAGUUGUUAAAGUCUAUAGAAGGCGAGGCCUUCAUGGACUUAAACAACCCGACGCAUUUCCGUAAACAGUCAGUAACAAACCUGAUAAGUUUCACACACUUACAUAGCAUUACAACUUUUAUAUACAUUUAUAAGCGUUAUCGCAGGUUUCAUUACCAGUUGUCACAUAACUGAACAUGAAACACUUUCGUUCUUUUUCUUUCGUUUCGGUUAAAGAAUGGAAAUCGUGUACGUUCAGAUGUGGAGACUCACCCCCAUCCCCCCACCCCCCGAUACGCCCUAUGUUCCGAUUCUAAGACAAUGUGUUCAUUCGCCAUCAACCUUAGUACAGAACUUAAAGCUUUUAUGAUCUAACUCUAACACCAGCCGUCUUCCGUUUGUGUGGUGUAGAUAUUAAUUUCUAAUUAUAUUAUUGUUGAUGUGUGACGGGGUUGUCUAAGUACCUGAGUUGUCGUUCUUGAUUUUCGUUUUCGUUCUUGAUUUUCGUGCAUUGAACGUCAUACAAGGGCUAGACACAUUUUUUUUUUACCACGCAGAACAAUUAAGAUCGUAUAUGUAGGAGGCUGUAUGAAAUAUACACACGGUUAGUUGUGCUUGUACUUUUUUGAAAGAAUGUACAGAGUACACAAUACAAACAUACAUAUAUGAAGAAUUGAAUUUCUAUCAUCUGCGAAUGAUGUACUUUGUAAACUGCGGCCAAGGUUUAAACUUCUUGUUUUUUCGGUUACCAGAAUUUCGACUAAUAAGAAGAUUGAACGUCAAUGGGCGCUUACUUGGAUGAAUUAAAGGAAAGCGUUUUUACUAUUUACGAGAGAGAGAGAGAGAGAGAGAGAGAGAGAGAGAGAGAGAGAGAGAGAGAGAGAGAGAUUGUCUGCGAUUUGAUGUGUCAAUGAAAUCACAAAGAAGUCAUCAUUUUAAUCAGUUUAUUUGUCUAGGAAAUUUAUAUUUAGAGUUUGCAUCCCCUGUUGUCUACCCUCGGUAUUAUUUCUGAUAAAUGAAGGUAUAACGGAAUGCAUCUUAAAUUUUCAGGUUAUCUAGGUGGGGUGAUUUAUCACAUGAAGAAAUGCAUUACACAACUCAACGUUAACUAGUCUUCAAUGUCUGUGUUUUGAAAAUUCAUGAAAGAGUUGUCUCUUUCUAUAAAAUAAAAAAAUCUGAAAGGUGACCUAUAUUUUUCUCUAUGAGAAUUAAUGCAUAGUCACAUUAUGCACAGGUUUACAAAGCGCUUUUGAAAAAAAAAUCACUUUUACUUUUAUUCACCAAAAGAAAAAAGAAACAUGAAAAUUUCAUACCUUUCAAUGAAAAAAAAAUGCAAAACAGACGUCAAACUUUGUUAGAUCAUAGUAUUGUAAUUUAUAUGGGUUGCAAAUUUCCAAUUAUAUUUAGAUUUAAAAAAAAUGAUUCACGAGGUUAAAGCAUGUCAAACUGCCACGUAUUGAAUUGAAUAUUUGAUUUACACUAAGUAUGCGCAUGUUGGGUCAUUUAUCGGUAGACAUAUUCUGUACCUGUAGUUCAAAGCAGGUAAAAUUUAUUAUGUUGUAAAAUAAGAAAUAAAUUUCAAUUUUGAAAGUACACGAGGGUAUGGACUGUGUCGCUUCACACCAGCAUAAAGAAGCGAUGCUGUCCAUUUCAAAAAUAAAAAAAAUUACUUUUCAUGUUUAUUUAUAUUUUACUUCCAUUUCUGUCGAAAUAUUCCAGCCGUGGAAUUAUUUGUACUAUAAUUAUCAAGAUUCAUAUGCACAUUGUUCACAUUAAUAAGGAAAUGGUUUUCAUUUCAAUUGGUAAAGAUAUCGAAGAUAAAAACUUUGGAAAUGUAAAUAUAUGUAUAUAUAUCUUACACAGGUAUAUAUUUUUAUUGUUUUACAUGUAUGCAGUUAAGUUCAAAUUGUUAUCAGUGUUUGUUUUGUUUCUUUGUCUUUCUUUAAUCUAAGUGUCAUCACGAUCACAUUCCUCAGCUGUUUACCAAACACCGGAAUGUUGUGAGAUAUUAAUAAUAAAAGGAUAAUAAAAAGAA